GUCGGAUAGAGUCCCGAGUCUCGGUGCGUUCGGUAGUCCCCAAAACCGAAACAUUGUAAUUGAUGUGCAGGACUCUGGUCUGAUACCGGCUUUAGCGACGCAGAGAAAUUCAAUCCCAAUUUGAAUCUCUUCCAUCAAACCGAUUUUUUAAAUCAUGGAUGCAUGCAAGGCCUGCGGUAGGAAUGUUGGGCGAUCUGAUAGAAGUGUUCUGUGCAGCGGGUUGUGUGGAGGAGUUUACCAUCCGGGCUGCGUGGGUCUGAACACUACCAACUUUAAAGCUUGGACAGCCAAUGUUGGUCUUCUGUGGUUCUGCGACAACUGUAGGGUCAAUUUCAACCCUAGCAUCAUGAAUCGGGAAUCUGUGAUAAUGAAGACGAUGCGGGAUUUAUUGCUACGAGUCGAUUCAAUGGACCUUAGGAUUGGACAGUUUGGCGAAAAUUUGAAAACACUUUGUAACCUGCUUUCAAUAUCAACCUCAAUUAGACGAGAUUCCAAUAUUUCGUCCAGACCUCAAAACUUUUCUUCGGUGGGACCAGCGAUGCUAGAUCAUUCCGAGUUUUAUAACAGCAUCGAUCGCUUCAACUUGGACUUGUCGCUUCGUUCGAAUGUCGCCAACAUGACACUAUCUGGUGAAGAUGUUGAGUCUAUCGCCGAUUUGAUUGAUGAUGCCGCUGGUGAUGAAAUUGAUGAUACUGCACCCCGUCGAGUUACUUUCCCAAAUAACAACAUCACGAACUCAACUGCCGCUAUCAUGUCAGGUGAUGUCGAUAUAAACGCCAACACAACGCCCAAUGCCCCCGCCUCGAAUAACGCCGCCGCCACCGCCACUGCCGCCACCACCUCUGCUACCACCAAUGCCACCACCACUGCCACUGCCACCGCCACCACCUCCUCAACAUCAACCGCUAAGCGUCCAUAUACUUCCACAGCUUCUGCUAAUACCGCAACUAGAAACAUUGCUUCUGUCGUCACCAGUGCUGGCGCUAAUUCUACUCUGGCUACAACUGCAACAAAUAGACGAACUGUACCUGCUGCUUCUUCUUCUGGGACUAACAGUGUGAUCACCGAAAACUGCCGUCUGCGGGUAGUAAACCGAAAUCAUCGUCGGGACACACGGAACCUAACUGCAGAUCACCUUAAGUCGUUCUACGUAACCCCCUUUGAUGUGGAACAAACCGAAGAUGACAUUGUAGAAUAUUUACGGGAGACUAUUAAUGUCGGAGAAUCCUCGUUGAAAUGUGUGAAAUUAGUUCCUCGAAAUAAGGACAUUAGUGAGCUUUCUUUUAUUUCAUUCAAAGUGUCUGUUUCCGAUAAUCUUGUUCCAUUCGUUAACGACAAGUUUUACUGGCCGGAAAGCGUCGAGGUACGCGAAUUCGAACCAAAAAACGAGAAGCAAACCGUUCCGAUAAUUACGACAUAAUGGAAGUGGAUAUCAGUGGAAAUGCCAAUGUACUUUCUUCUACUAAG